AUGCGCAAGCGUCCGGAGAUGCUCCAAGUCUCCUGGCCUCUUGAAGCCAUGGUGGAGGUCGACGUGAAGCACCUAAGCUUGUCCGUGAUCACAGGACCCAUCGAAGCCACCAUUCCAGCCCUGGACAUCGAUGUGUCGAUGAGGAUGAGCUACGACAACGCAGGGGGUUUGCAGGCAGUAGGCAAAGCCUCUUACACGAGCGUUUCCAUGCGAAGCUACUUGGGUCGCUGGGCCGAUGGCAUCAGCGCAGUGGAAGUCCGGAGCUUCCUGGACACAUCCACCGGCGAGAUUGACAUGAAGGCCUCCGCAGUGCUGGACCCUGCCGCGGUGCUGCAGGAACUACCCCGAGAGCUUCAAGGUAAGCUGGGCAGGGCGGACCCACUCGUCCUUUCCGUGAGCACCUAUCGACAGGACUCCAAUGCAAGUUUGGAGACCACGUUUGGCGACAUUCACGCCUGCGUGAGCCUCGACACACGCUUGGGAUCACUUCCUUUCUCAGCAUCGGCGUAUCUCAUUUACAGCGGCAGCGGUGAGGGCAACGAGACUGGCCUGUCUGUGAAGGCGCGGGCCAGCCUCGGCUUGG